ACUACAUUUCCCAUGAUUCUUAGAAGUCAGAGUUUGCGCAAUAUGUUUUCCACGGCCCUGGCUGCUGGUAGGAUCUGUCUGGUGUUUGUUGUUGUCACAUUUAUGGGUAAAAGAGACAUAAAAUAACAAAGUUUAACCCCGAACUUGUCGCAUGAGGUUACUGUGUGAGCCCCUCCCUGCCAUGAGCGCAGACCAUCAGGUCACCAGCCCCCCCUCCUGCAGUUGAUGGAUCUGCAUCUGGUCCAGAGAUGACAGACAGCGUCAGGACCUUCCUCCAUAAUGUUGCAACGGGGAUCAAGGACUCCAUACUGGGGAUUGGAACAAUCUCCAAGCUGGAUGCUCGUAUCCAGCAGAAAAGAGAGGAACAGAGGAGAAGAAGGGCCAGUGGAGCCCUCGCACAGAGGCGGGCACAGAUUGAAGAACGCAAACCAGAAAAUGAGUCAAAAGUAGCCAGCAGGAUUUUUCAGUGCUGUGCCUGGAAUGGAGGAGUGUUCUGGCUCAGUCUGUUUCUCUUCUAUCGGAUCUUCAUCCCACUGCUGCAGUCUCUCACAGCAAGAAUCAUUGGUGACCCCUCCCUCCAUGGCAGUGUGUGGUCCUGGUUAGAGUUCAUCCUCACCUCGGUCUUCAGCGCCCUCUGGGUUCUACCCCUGUUUGUCCUCAGCAAGAUAGUCAACGCUAUUUGGUUCCAGGAUAUUGCCGACCUUGCAUUUGAAGUGUCUGGCUGCAAAGCUCAGCCGUUCCCCAGCGUCAGUAAGAUCAUUGCAGACAUGCUUUUUAACCUCCUCCUGCAGGCGCUCUUUCUCAUUCAGGGUAUGAUUGUUAGCCUUUUUCCCAUUGAUGCCAUUGGACAGAUGGUUAGCCUCCUCCACAUGUCUCUCCUCUACUCCCUGUAUUGCUUUGAGUAUCGCUGGUUCAACCACGGCAUCGAGAUGCACCAACGGCUGUCCAACAUUGAGAGGAACUGGCCAUAUUACUUUGGUUUUGGUUUACCCAUGGCUCUGCUGACUGCUAUGCCCUCUUCAUACAUCAUCAGUGGCUGCUUGUUCUCCAUCCUCUUUCCUUUGUUCAUCAUCAGCGCAAAUGAGGCUAAAACACCUACAAAGCUCUACCACUUCCAGCUGCGUCUCUUCUCUCUGGUUGUGCUGAUCAGCAACAAGCUUUUCCAUAAGACCGUCCACCUACAGUCCUCCCUGACACCGUCCGCCUCAUCGGAGAGGCUGUCCUCGCCCCACACCUCCCCGAACCGCCAGAGACUGCUGCCCACGCACUGAUGGAUCCACUGGAGUGGAGAUGAUCUCAACCCAUGUGCGGCUUCAACACGUACAACAAAAGAACAAGAAAUUCUUCCAGAAGGUUCAACCUUAAUGAAGGUGAUGUGCAAUGGCGAAUGAAGGGUUUGUGUUUUGUAUUAUUUCUUAUUUCUGGUCCUUUGCUUCAACAUUUUCAGCUCUAGUCAGAUGUGACAGAAACUCUAUUAUUGAAAUAUAGAGCUCUAGACUUUAGGUGUUUUCUUUCCCUGUGUUUUAUGUGCCAUUGGAAUGACUUUUCUUUAAUACAUUACAGCUGAACAGAUGGUUUUAAUACUUAAGCCACAGUAAAGAAUAGUUGUAUUUCAUUAUAAAGGUGGCCCUUUUAAAUCCAAACACAAGACACAGUUGUGUUUAUCUUCUGUGUUGCAAGUGGCAUGCUUUCCUCACAGAUUGAAUGUUUUCUUGCACAUGGCUGCUGCUGUCCAAUCAGUUUCAGGUACAAACUUGUUCAACUGUAAAGGGAGUUGCCUUUUUUUUAAAGUUAAUAUUACUCUGACAGCUUUUUCAGUUUCUAGUGAGAUUCUUAAUUGGUUCGGGAGCUGGUUAUCAUUUGUGAAGGAAAGCAGAAAACAAAGUCACUUUUGUAUGUUGACAGAAAUGUUGUCGUUCCUCACCACUGUUUGAUGUCAUAGUUUAUGAGAUGACACCAGCCAAGGCGAAGUUGCCCAACUGUGUGUGACAAUUUGUGAUGGUAAGAAGACACUGCCAAAUCACUGCAUCUUUGUUUUGUUUUUCACUUUGACCACCACAAUGUGAAGCUUUAUAACAAAGGGAGAAUCCUAGUUAAUGCCUUUAAAUCUUAAAAGAGAGUGUUUAGUCUCAACUUAUUGGGCCUCUUCCCUCCUAGAGAGCUGAUGCACAUGUACCUAAUCCCUAAACAUUGAUUUGAUUGGUUGAUCUUUUUGGCCUGUACUUAAUGUUAUUACUGCUCAGUAGCUCAUUCAGACACCCUCCUUCAGCAACCCUGUCUUAAUCUGUUGUCUCUCUCAUCGGAGCUGAUGACUGUGGAUAAGAGCAAUGAUGUUGAACUGUGUGCAAUUAUUGGAGAAGCAGACUGAUGUUUGAGGUUUUUGUAAAAGUAACACAUCUAAUUUCAAUAAAAUUGGUCAGUAUUCAAAGUU